AUGGUGACACACUCCAUACAAGACCGGACAACCGAGUUCCGCGCGAUCCUCGCGCAAGCCCAGAAACGCCAGGCAGCAAAAGGUGGUCAACGACAGAAUCUACUGUCGAAUGCCGAGAAACGUGAAGCCAACGGCCAUGCCGCUCCAGGGUCGAGAUCAGAAUUUGCGCGCAAUGCCCUGCAGGUAGGACGAGGCAUCACUGCGACCAUGGGCAAGCUGGAACGGCUGGCGCAACUGGCCAAACGAAAGGCUAUCUUCGACGACCGGCCGGUUGAGAUCUCUGAAUUGACUUAUGUUAUCAAACAAGACCUUGCCGCACUCAACCAGCAAAUAUCAAAACUCCAGCAAAUCACCCAGUCACAACAUCCCACAGCCUCUCAACCCAAGUCGGCCGACCAGGAGGGGCAACACAACAAGAAUGUGGUGAUGAUGUUGCAGAACAAGAUCACGGAUGUCGCAGUCAACUUCAAGGACGUGCUCGAGGUUAGAACCAAGAACAUUCAAGCGUCACGCUCCAGGACUGAAAACUUUGUCUCUUCUGUCUCUGCUCGAUCCCAACCGCAAUUCGACAAUUCGAGAUCCGAAUCUCCAUUGUACCAAAACACAACGCCAAAUUCCAAGAAGACGCCAUACUCUUCAACCAAUGAUCUUCUGACCCUUGAGCCUUCGAGUUCGUCAGCGCUGAUGGGCAAUGCAGCCCAGUCCGACUCCCAAUUACUGUUGAUGGAAGAGGCUCAACCAGCCAACACCUACAUCCAGGAACGGGGCCAAGCGAUAGAAGCAAUCGAGAAAACCAUCAACGAGCUGGGCAGCAUAUUUGGUCAAUUGGCAGGCAUGGUCCAGGAGCAGGGCGAGAUGUUGCAACGAAUAGACGCCAACACCGAAGACGUAGUGGACAAUGUUCAAGGCGCGCAGCGAGAACUGUUGAAGUAUUGGAACCGGGUACAAGGCAACCGCUGGUUGGUUGCAAAGAUGUUCGGUGUUCUCAUGAUUUUCUUCCUCCUCUGGGUUCUCAUAUCCGGAUAG